UGCAAAGGAGAGAGGGAAAGAAGUGGGAGAGGAACACGUAGAGAGAGAAAGUGCGUAGAUAUAGAGAGAGAAAGAGACAGGCGUGGCGCAUCAUAUGUAAGGAAAGGAGAGAAAGGGGGCAUAUAUAUACGCAGGCACAGAUAACUUGAAAUUUGAAAACUCAGUGUUCAUCCAGCCAUGUCUCCAGCUUCAAGAUCGAAGAGCAAGGACAAGCCGUCCACAAAGGUAGCCAAGGAGCACAAGGCCUUGCCCAAGCCAGUUCCCCCCAGCACCGCUGUGGGCGGUGUAGGCCCCCAUUCCAAUGCGUACAAUCCCCUCUCCGGGACCUUCCAUACCCUUGAAUCCCCCUCUUCCCCUCCACAGACACACAACUCCUCCAUGCACAACCCCCGAUUCCGAACCAUUGAAGACCCUGACGAUCACUCAGGCACCAGCUCUCUGUGCACGGGAGCGGAGUAUGAAGACCAUUCGACAAGCAGCUGCUCUGGUGAAUCAGAGGACCACCAAAAGGAUAACAGCAACAAGCCCAAUGGUCCACCCUCUAGGCCUGAUGCACCACCUGGUUCAUCGAAUGAGAAGAGAGAGAAAAUAAGGCAAAAGAAUGAGCGCAAGCACCAAAGGCAGAGAGAACGAAGGGCACAAGAGUUGCAUGAGAGGUGCACUGGCUACCUGAUGUCAAGGAGGCUCGAGGCCCUGUCUCAGCAGCUUGUGGCCAUGGGCUUCUCUCACGAGCGAGCUACCAUGGCCCUCAUCCUAAAUGAGGGGAGGGUUGAGGAGUCAGUUGCUUGGCUCUUCGAGGGUAGUAGUGAAGUUGAGAGUCAAGAGGCCACAAAGGCAGAUGGGUCUCGCUUAAAAAUUGAUAUAUCGGAAGAGCUAGCACGACUGUCCGAUAUGGAAACGAGGUUCGGGUGCUCAAGGCAAGAGGUAGAGCGAGCUGUUGUGGCUUGUGAAGGUGAUCUUGACAAGGCAGCUGAGACACUUAGGGUGCAAAAGCCGACACCUCAACUUGAACCCAUGCCUCCGCAAAAGCCGGAGUCCACCAUGGAGUCCUCAAAGCAAGCAGGUCAAGGGCAUGUGCAACCUGCUGUAAGCCAGUCAAGAAGCCAACAAGCUAGGGUGCCAGCGGUGUCAAUUCAAAGACGAGAUGAGCGGGUAGAUUUCAACUAUACCAAAACAAUAUUGCCUGAUCCUAGUGCUAGAAGCUCUCAGCCUCAACCCAUGAGGAGGGUGGUUCAAGUAAAGCCACCACAAGAGUGGUCUAGGGCUCAAGUGGGUUCAGUCGAGAAGAAGCCAGUCGCCAAUGGUAAUAACAUGGGUGCAUGGCCUAGCGUGAGCUCAGGGCCACCUUUGCCAUACUCUUUAGCCACUAACCCCUCCAAGAUCCUCCAGCCCACAGAGCCUAGUAAGACCAACUUGGCUCAGGCAUUAGCUUUGAAGGAGCGAGUGAUCGUGAUGCAACGACCCCAUCCUACGAACCCUAAAUCCCACUUGGCUCAGUCAGGUGGGCUUGCACCAGCUGCAACUGCAUGGACACCAAGUGGUAUGGUUGGGCUCGAGAAGAGCUCGGGCGUGAGCUUGAACGGGUUGAGUGCAAACCAAGGACCUGUGAGUGGACCGUUUCACCAAGCUCAGUAUCAGCAACCGUACACACUUAGCCCGGUUGAGCCAAUAGGAUCCAGCAGUUGGGGGACAAGUGGGCUCGGUCCUACCGAUCAGGUGGGUCUUGAUUUGGGCUCACAAGGUGGGUUCAAUGGGUGGAACUCAGCUCUAGGGAGCUCAAACCCUGACUCGAAUGGGGAUUGGAGCAUGGGAUCGAUGGGUGAGUGCGACUAUACAAGCAUAGAUUGGAGCAUGGCUGGUUCACCUUCUUUCCCCCAGUCACUGGGCUCGUUAGGGCCUUUUUAUAGGGGAUCUCGCUCAUCAUCGGAUUGGGGGAGCCAACUUUGUGAUGACAUAUCAUGGUCAGAUUGGACGAAGACCGGGUUCAGAGCAAGCGUGGGCCUAGGGCCAUCAGGGGUGCAGGAAGUUGGGGGCAUGGGGCCCCCUAGUGCAGGUGCUUCGGUGGAGGCCACAAGAGAGUGGACGAAUCCUUUUGCCGGAAAGGACCUGUUUAGCUUUCCUAGGCCUUUCUUGAGCUCACCAUCACUUUAGAAAGCAGAAUGGGGGAGGGAAAGUGUGUUUGAUGAAAAAGAAAAGACAAUUAUAUUGUUUGUUGGUGCUGGUGCUGAUGUUUCUGUUUUCCAGAGUGAGCAAGUUUGGGAAAUCUGUGUCUCAGCAGUUGUUUUA